AUGGCUGCUUUCGCUUUCGCCACAGUCUCUUCCAUGGCCAACAUGGGCCGAAGCGGAUACAACAAGGACGGUGACAACGAGGACAACAAACGCAACUUUGGUCGCAGCGGCUACAACAAGGACGACGGCUCUGAGGAUGACAAGAAGUGCUUCGGCCGCAGUGGAUACAACAAGGACGGUGACGAUGAGGACGACAGCCGGCACUUCAACUUCGGCCGAAGCGGCCAUGCAUUGGGAAACGGAACAACAUAG